GCCCGUGGUGCUUUGAUUCCUCUUCUUCGUCUCCGUUCCUGAGCCCUUGUUGGCGUUUCUUUCUAUGAAUCUGUUUUCUGCAUGGCAACUCCACAGGAUUUGACGACGACGGUGAGUGGGAGGCGAUGUACCCGUUCCCGGGCCCGGACGGCCACGUCGACCCUCUCGUCCGCCGCCGCAGAAACCACUGAAUUAACUUCCUCGUCCUCGACCGCUCCUGCCCUCCAGUUAGCAUCGAGCAUUGCCGAAGCCUCACUCCCGUCCUCGUCCGCCGCCGACAUCGUCUCCACGACUGCAACAAGCUCCUCGGUUCCAGGAACGGAAGGUACGGACAAUCCAGUCUCUUUAGCCGCUGUAUCGUCAGUAGUACAGUCCUCCGUGCUUGCAAACCUCGUGCCCUCUCCGCCAGCUGCCCUCGCACCCAAUCCUGGGGUGGCGGUCAGUCAAACGCGGGCGGUGGCGGAACCAACGACACCAGCCGAAAACUCUACACCUUCUUCACCAACCAGCUCUGACCCAAUUAAUCCAGCUGCCACUUCGAUAACGACUUCAAUAACGCCUAACAUACCAGUCGAGUCUUCCGUCCAACAGCCUCCUGACCAGUCGCCUUCACCCAACACCCCCUCCAAUCGACUCUCUAACAACCAGCCCCAGUCGACUGUCUCGCCAGGGGGGUCAGCAGGAAUCAUCUCUCCGGAUCAAGGGGCCGACGGAAAUGGGCUCACUAUUCCUUCCCAGACGAACGUAGGCGGUAUUGUGGGAGGUGUAAUGGGUGGCUUCAUCGGCAUCGCCAUGAUCAGCGUUCUGCUAUUUCUGUGCCUCAGGAGGCGGAAGAAGGAGCCCUUUGAACGGUGGCAGAGACGCAUGAGCGAGAAGAACGAAUCGGAUUCAGCACCAUUCCUUGACAAGUUCAAGGCCAUUCCGGCUGGCAUUGGUGCAGCUUUCCAGAAGCUGAAGGGUGAGAGAUCUGAAUCCGUGCAGAAUCCAUACAGAAGGCAGAGUGUCCGCAGCAGCGUGAGCUCGGUCUACUCGGUGCGGUCAAAUGGACGAAGCCGCUCCAUUAGCGAGCCGCCCUCAAAAUUCCGACAGCAGCUUCGAGAUUUUGGCGGCCGUAUGCCCAGUCUGAAAAGGUCCAGGACCUUACUGGGCAAGAAACAAGACAGUCUCGUAAACGGCUCCAAAUCCCCAUUCCCAGGAAUAGUCGAGGACCCAGUGAUUAGAAAUAGCAAGGAGAAUCCAUUUGCAGAUCCGGAACCACUCGAACCUCCCAGGAAUCUGCGUCUCCUGAACCCAGACCCGAGCUCAGGAGCUUCCACCCCUCGACCCCAACAAAAAGUCACUGUAGAAGGGCUGCAGGACCAGCAACGUGCCCCAAUCUCCCCCAAAACAGUGGCUCGCCCAGAGAGAGCCUCGAGAGAUCCCUUUGCCUCAAUCCUAGAUGAAUUAGAGGACCGAAAUGGAAGCGGCACGCCUGAGUGGCUGCGGGAGACAUCGCAUAAGAGGACGCAGAGUGCGACCACAGCACUUAGCUCACACCCACCUUCAUCCUUCUACACAGCCUCGGUAUAUACCACAGCCGACAAUCCAUUCCUGGAUCCGACAGACGCCCCAAGCGUUCCGCCCCUCCCCGCGUUACCUCCUAACCCUCCUCGUCGUCCUUCAAAUGCCUAUACUGGACUCGGAGCAUUUAACCCCAUCGCAUCCAACGCCUCCCGAGAGUCCAACACCUCGAUAUUCUUUGGUGAGCCUGGGCCUAGUCGGCCAACGACAAAUAUGUUCAGCAGUGUUGCUCCUACCCCGCGAUUUGGAAGGCAGUCAGAUCCUUUUGAUCUGGAUCGCCCUGAAGUCCUGGGGUUUGGAAAUGUGAGUGGGCGAAAAGAGGUCCGAGCAAGCGUCACGAGACAAAACUCAAAAAGUAACCGCAGGAGUAGCGUUCCAAACUGGGUGGUGCUUGAUGAUGGGCCCUACGAGAGAGCUAGUGCUGUUCCUGGCCCAUUGAGGAACCCGAGCGUAAGGAGGUGACCAAGGCUUGCGAUUUAACGACCGCAAAAACACGAGCACAUGUUAGUACACCACGAAACAGUAGCGGCAAACACGUGGAGUAAUGAGGCGUAACUUCGGCAUUCUAAUUUUGAUGGAUAUCCCCUUCGGCAGAUUUCGGUUAGAUGGAUGAGGAUGCGACCUACUAGUGGCGUCUGUGUCGCCGUCUUUAAGCUAAUGACGGUUUUUUUCCUUCUGGAUUUCCUCGUUUUCUCCUUGUAUCAUAUCCCAUAGCUUUAGUAUAGCUAGCGCAGCGUACUCCUACACGCAAGGUUUUUAGAAUACCCCUCGAUCA